AUGAAAAGAAAAUAAAAUUUAACUUUUGAAUAAAAAAGAGAAAAAAUGUUAAAUAUUUUCCAUUAAAAAGAAUAGGCAAACAAAAAAAAUAGUAUUCACAUAAAAAUAACAAAAAAAAACAUAGUAUUAUAAGCCGUAAAAGAUGUGUUAGUAUCUCUAAUGUCCGAUGGACUUGUAGAUUCAGAUAAAAUAGGCUCUUCAAAUUUUUAUUGGUCUUUACCUUCAUAAACUUAUGUGGUUUUAUAAUAAAGAUUAAAAGAAAUUGAAUAAAAAACAAAAGAAAGUAUUUAAAAAAAAGAAGAACUUGAGAAUUAAUUCGAAGAAGCAAUAAAAGGAAAAGGGGUUUCGGAAGAAAGAAAUGAAAGGCUUUAAAAAUUAAAAGAAAUUUAAGAAAAUUAUAAAAAAAAACUCGAAAAAUUAGAAAAAUAUUAAAGAUUUGAUCCCGAGAGAAUUAAUUAAUUAAAAAAGGAUGUAAAUUUAAUUAAAUAAAAAGCUAAUUUAUGGACAGACAAUAUUUUUGCAGUAAAAUAAUAUGUUUAAAAGUAAUUUAACAUAAGCGAAUAAGAAAUAGAAUAAUUUUUAAAUAUACCUGCAGAUAUAGAUAAUAUAUGA